AUGUGGUUGUUCAAAAAGUUGGUGGAGAACAUAUUCGGGUCAUGCGUCUUUCACCCAAACAGAAAGCUGCUGAUCGAAAAACUCAAGUUUGACGCUGAAAGUGUGUUCGGGCAUCCGUAUGGCCUGUUUGAAGUGACGUCCGGUCAAGCUACUCCUGUGUGCGCUUCGCAGCUGGUUCAGGAUGAAGGCGUGGGCGAUAUAGAGCUGCGCGACGUCAAUGGUAGCGGUAGCGCUGAUAGCAGUGAAUCGACCGUCCCAGAAGAAUUCAACAUAGAGCUGAAUCCCGCUCAGGCUCUUCAAAAGCUCAGCCAAGAAGAAGUCCUUGCUUUGAAAGGUCAAGGUAUCACGGCAGGCGAAUUGGUUUCGAAACUAGUAGAAGGGAGUGCAUCGUUCAGUACAAGGACGGAGUACAGUAAAAGCAAGUAUAUUCGACGGAAAACGAAGAAACAUUCCGAUAGAGUGCUUAUCCUGAAGCCUACCGUACGUCUCCUCGCGCGCUCUUACUACAUGAAAGACUGUGUUCGUGUUUCCAAUCUCAGAACAGAUCAGUUGGGAAUGAUUCUGCAACUGGCAGCAGUACAUCAUGGAAGAAAUGUGCUAGUUUUCGAUCAGGUGCUAGGACUGGUUUCUGCUGGCGUCAUAGAAAGACUCGGGGGACAAGGUGCAUGCAUUCAUUUACAUCGUGGACUGAUCGCCCAGUCAAUACCUUGUGUACAUAGCAUGAAUUUCGAUGAGAAGAUUUUUUCAACAUUUCUGCCCGUUCGUAUCUCUUCCAUCCUUGGGACGAAAAAUGCAAAGGAAGAGGAAAAUGAAGAAAAGGAAGAAGUUACACAUGACCAUGAAGCUGAGGAUUCGUCAGCUAUUCGAAGAGCAGAUCGGUUGGCUCGAGAGCAACGGGGUCUGGCUUUGUUGGCGGAAGGCGUUGAUGUCUUGAUAAUUGCAACGAGAACAGUUGAUCCCGUUUCAAUUUUGGAGGUAACAUUCCCGAAGUUGCGUCCAUCGGGUUCCGUUGUUGUCUAUGGACCGCACAUGGAGGUAUGUCGUUUUUCGUGA